AUGUAUCAUUCUUUGUACCCCGGAAUCGGCACGCAUAAAAAUUUGGUUGUUGUCAUCUAUGUAGAACCACUCCAGUGCGUUAACUACGGAUUUCUUUGCACGUAUGGCAUUUCACCAUCGGUCACAGUUGUUCUCCAGGUGAUUGUGCUUUGCGGCAAUCUUCCAGGUUUACGCUCCGUUUAUUUUGUCAAGGUCGACACAUCCGUUUCCAAUUCUCUUCUUGAUCGUAUACGACACAACGUAUUUGGUGUGCCGGACGCGCUAACAUUUGCGACCUUUAUUAUUUGCCAAAGCUUUAACUCUGACUACAGCCGUACUUCAUGUACCAAUCCAAGCCUAGGGUAUCGAUUUGAUGCACAAGGAAUGUUGGGCAUUGUGGAAGACGUCAUUCCCGAGGAACUACAUAGAACGCUGUCUGUGGCGCAAGGCGGCAUAAUGAUCCCAUCUGUCGUCAUAGCGUUCGCUGUCCUUUUGUGGUGCCUGACCCGCCUGUGUACACGAAAUGACCGGCUCGUAUGCUGCAUUAUGAUACUCGGACUAUUGGCGCUGAUAUUUGCCCUGGCGUCUCUAGCGGUACAAAUCGUCGGUUACCACGCUGUACGCGGUGCCCUGGCGAAAGCAGAGGAAGCCAUUCCAGGGCAAACCGUAGAACUAGUCGCGUCGCUGGGACCAGCAGUUUGGUUAACGGUCGGUGCAGUCAUCGCGCUGAUAAUUGUCGUUGUGGAUUUCCUUUUCGAGUGCAUCCGAUGUCGGCGCAAGCAGCAAUUACAACGGCAACAACAACCGGAGCAGAUUGAAAUGGGCCAUGUGUAGCUUAUCCCUUUCUAGGAUCUAAUUGCCAUUGCUAAUACGCAGUUUGUGUAACAACAAACCAUGCUUUUGACAUCCCUCUGUCCCAGGUCAACG